CUUUGUUAAGAUUCAUUUUUAUGCAAGUCCUUUUUUAGUGUUGUGCAUCAGAAAGUUGCGUUAAGCAAAAUUGGAAUUUGGAGAAAAGUUGCUACGCUCAUAUUCUUUUUUUCUUUCCCUCUUCCCUUCUUCUCAUCGCUAUUGUUUUUUGUCUGCCAUGGCUGCCGAAUCCGCUUCUGCAAUUCACAGAAACCAAGUGGAUUUGUUGGAGCAUAUAGAUUGGAGUGAAGUUGAAUGUCUCAAUCAGAAGAGCAGUAACUCUAUUGCCAAUGCCCUCAAGCAGGGUUACCGUGAAGAUGACGGGUUGAAUCUAGAGAGUGAUGCUGACGAGCAACUUUUGAUCUAUAUUCCAUUUACGCAAGUCAUAAAGUUGCAUUCUAUUGUUAUCAAAGGACCAGAAGAGGAAGGUGACUAUAAACUUAUCAGAAUUGUUUCCUCCCCCGCCCAAUUUCAACUCCAACCCCAGACCCAAACUUCUGACAAAAGUGAUGAAAGAAAGGGAUUGGGAAGGAAAUGUUGCAUGUUUUAGACCUAGUAUUUGUGCUCUUAUCUUGUUCCCUUGAAACAUAUCAGCUAAGCAGUCUAUUACUGGCAUGUUAUCUUGUGGAAAUUUUUUUCUGGUUUCACUUGUUGAUAAUCAGUUAAUCAUCAUGGAACAUAUUUUCAUUAUGUAUUUUGAUUCUUUAUCAUGUCUUACGAUCAAUUGAUGCUAUUGCUACAUGCUUACGUUGCUAACUAUAGGAGGUAGCAUUUUUCUUGCUUAUACUUGUCUAAAACACAACGUGAGCAAUUUUUUCGACCUGGCAAUUGACAAUUGAUUAUUCUGGUUUAUACUAUGCUUAUUGAAUUAUACUGGUAUAUUUUGCGUGUGCAAGGAAAGGGCUAUAUUUUGAAUUAUCCAUUGGUUACUGGUAAUGGUUUUUAAAGGUUAGAAAAGGUCUAAAAAUUGAACUUUAAAUUCUAAGUGUAAGCUAAAAAGAAAUUUAACAAAAGUGAAUUUUGCUUUUGAUGAAUGACUUCAAGGUGAGGUGUAUAGAAAGGGAGAGUAUAACACGUGAAUUUCUAUUCGUGUAGCAUUUGUUAUAUAUAAUUUCAUAGAUGAACAUUUUUUUCUCGAAUUGAAUUUAUUGAUAUGAUGAUCGAAGAGACAUUGUAGAAGAAGAAAGGCUGAUUUGUAAUCUAUAAAAAGCAAAAAAGAUAAAUGAUAGAAUAUACUAACAAGGAGGGACAAUAAAAGGAAUAAGGUAAAGAGGAGUGACACGAGAAAUCAUAAGGGAAGAUGAGGUGGGACAAAGAAUAUACAUUUGAAUCAGUCAUAGGGAUUUAUUCUAAGUUUUUAGAGUUAAAAGUAGUAAAAGAAAAGUAAGUGGUAGUAGCAUUUGAGAUUUGCUUUAUUAAUUCUUUUUUAAAAACACUUAUAUAGAUUCCUUCGUCCAUCUCUUUUCUCAUGUGUUUGUUUGUGUAUAAUGUGAAGAUUGCUUCUUCAUGUCUCGUGUUGGUCUCGGGCAGCAUUGGUGGGAAAGAGGGGAGAAAGAGUAGGUUAAGAUAGCAAGAGAUGUACUAAAGUUAGGAUGAAUCUUUGGUCUGGAAUAGAUUAAAGUGGAUAUAUGCGCAAAAUACACUAAGUUAUUACACAAUAUUUUCAAUAUGCAGUGUGAUAAAGAUUGAUAAUACAGCAAGGAGUUCCCUUUGCACAUAGGUAGCAACAAUGUAGAUUGAAGACACUGAGCUUCUUCGCAUCAAGCAAGCGUUUGGGAUUCUAGCAUUUCUAUCAAAAAGAACACUUAAAAUCCAUACCUCAGCCAUUACCAAGUAUCAUCAAGACUCCCACAAAACCAAGAAGCCCAACUAUUAUAUCAAACAUCUCUGAUUUAUCCCAUCCACAAUUUUCAACGAGAUUAUAGGAGUAACCAUAAGUAAUCUUCAAUAUCUUAAUUAGACUCAAAGAGAGGUGAAUAACCUCAGCUACAACCGAUGGCACAAGGAAUUUUCCCUCACUAUCUCAAACACACUAAAGAUAAAUUAGCCAAAAAAAUAUCUUGCAAAAAAUAAAAGGAAAAAUUAACAUUAAUAAUCCAACCUAUUAUUGAUCACCUAAAAAUAAACCCACCUUUCGAUCAUCCAUUGCACGUUUUUGCUGAAAAUGUAACGAGUCUAGAUAACUCAUCUUUAUAUUUAACCAUAUUUGAGUCCUUUAUACACCUUAAAUCUUCAUUCAUUUUCCAUGAAUCUUUAUAUUUCUCUUAACAAAGCUUUUAAACCAUUAAAACAUCGGUUUUCAUGCAGGUUUGAUGCAUUUUCAGCUGAUACGUGCAAGAUGGGAUUAUUUUAAAAUAAUUGAAAGAUAGUUUAUUUUCAUUGGACACACAAUAGGAUUGGAGUAUAAAUGUCAAUUUUCCCAAAAUCAAAUCAACAAAACUCCAUACGGAAGUUGAACCAGUCAUAUCAACGGGAAUGGAUUAUGGGAAGGGGGAAGCAGUCAUAUGAAAACAAGCAAUUAGCCAACAACACUGUUGUGGACUUAUGGCUUUCAACAUAAAUUACUGAGGUCAAAGGCUUGCUCUUCAAAUUUAACAAAAUCAAUUACCGUGCCUAACUGGAGGAAUGAAGCUAAUUGCAAUCGCAAGUAAAGCGACCAACUCGGCUUCGUAUUCGGCGAUUCCUCUCCUUAGUAUCCGAACAAUAACCCUAAAACCCGAAUCGAUUAUCAAUUAUUCAAGCUAAUCUAGCACAAAAAUCAGAAUGGGGAGUUUAGAGAUUAAAGGUUGGAAAUUGGAAGCCAUUUGAGGAAUUUUGUGAAGCGGAGAUGAAGGAAGGUCAUGGUGAUGGAGUAACGCGUCGUUUUAGUAAUAGAUUUGGGGAUUCUUAAAAUUAAAAAAAAAAAAUGGAAUUUAUUUGAGCGACGUGUACAAUUUUUGUUGUUAUUUAUAUGUUCAAUGAAAGAAGACAGAUCAAUAUGCUUGUCUUUCUCAACUCGAGU